CAUCCCCACCCACCAAAAUCCCAAAAAAGAAAGGGAAAAAAAUUGCAUUAAAAAAACCAAACCAAACCAUUAACAUCAUCAUCAUCUCCUUCUUUGUAUUAAUUUCUUGUGUUCUCUCUUGAUUCCUACCUACCACCGCAACCACCACCUCAACUGUAUCUCCUUCUCUCUCUUCCAUGCUUUUCCUUCAAUUCAUAGAUUGAUUAUUUUCUUUCUUACUCAACUACCCACCAUUGCAAAAAUCAUUACUCUAUUUGUUUUCUCUUAAUUUGUUUCUUUCCUUUCUUUGAUUGAGAUGGAGUCCUUCAAUCAAUCAACCGGGUUUAGAUACAUCCGGGAAUCUACUGCAAUUGAAGAAUCAAACAUCGAUUCUGAAUUUUCAGGAAUUCUUGAAAUCUAUGUUCAUCACGCCAGGAACAUUCACAACAUUUGUAUCUAUGACAACCAGGACGUAUAUGCAAAAUUUUCCCUCACAUACAACCCAGAUGAAACAACCUCCACUCAGAUCAUCAAUGGCGGUGGCAAGAACCCUGAUUUCAAUGAAAAAUUAGUAGUGAAAGUUUCCCAACUUGAUGCCGUUCUCAAAUGUGAAAUUUGGAUGCUUAGUCGAGCCAGAACUUACAUGGAAGAUCAGCUUCUAGGAUUUGCUCUGGUUCCAAUUUCACAAAUACGUGGCAAAGGAAAAGUCACUCAGGAUUAUAAUCUUUCUUCCACUGAUCUUUUUCCUUCCCCCGCUGGUACUGUCAAAUUAACUCUUGCUUUAUCCGCCAAUGCUUUCCCUGAAUCAACUAAUAAUAAAUCGAUUUCUUCCGAAGUUGUGUUGCUUGAUCGGAAGAUUUCUGAAGUUCUCCUUGAUCCGGUUGAGUAUUCCAGGAUUGAAUUUCCUGAUAUCAGUGUUGUCAGAGAGAAUCAGCAGAUGGUUUCGGAGUACUUCGAUGGGCUGAAGUCCAGGCCUGAUUCGGAAGGGAUUGCAUGCUUUCUUCAUCUUGGCGCAUCUCCACAGCCCGUGGAUGAUUAUGAAAUGACAAUAAAUUCUUCUGAUGAGACUCCAGGCGGAUCCAUUUCUUCCAAUGGAAGCAUCCGAAAUUCAUGUUUCUUGAGUUCCACGGCUACUAGCUUAAGCGAUGAUAGGAUUUCAGCUGAUUCGGUCGAGAAGAAGAGUCGUCUGAGAGGCGAAUCUUCGAUCUCGCUCAACGUGUCGAUCACGAAUGAGACUAAUCAGAGCUCAGGAGCAAGUCCGGAGACUCCAACUUCUAAGAAAGGAAGCGAGGUUAAGGAUGAAAAAGAUGGUAAUUUCUCAAGCAAGGAAGAGGGAAAAAACCAGGAAGGAAACGGCAUAAAUUCUGCAAAAUUCGGUCAAGUAUUUUCAGCUCCUUUAGGGAACAUCAAUCUUGAGGCAGAGCAGUCUGCAAUGCAGCAACAGAUAGUGGACAUGUACAUGAGAAGUAUGCAACAAUUUACAGAAUCUCUGGCAAAGAUGAAGCUACCAAUGAAUCUAGACAAGCCUGAAAUUUCCGAGGAUCGUGGAGAUGUCAUUCGAAAUCACAACAAUAAACUAGAGAUCGAGAAGAAAAAGGAUGGAUCACGUGUGUUCUAUGGUAGCCGGGCGUUUUUCUAAUGGCUAAUCGAUUCUGCUAAAUGUCUACUAAGUAUAAGGUUUUCGAGUUUAAUUUAUGAAAACUUUCGUGUUUCCCUCGGCUUCUUUGUUGGCAUUUAUCAUAGAUUUUAAUCGAUUUAGUUUCGGUUUAACCCAUUAAUAUUUUACAGAUUCAGUCAAGUUGUUUCAGAUUCACGGCAAUUUGAUUGCCAGUGAAACAAUAACAAUAUUUUCUGUAAACAUUAGCUUCAUAAAAAGCUCAGGAUUUCGGCUCUUCUGUUUGCUCAUGUACCAAAUAUUUCCUGUAAAUAAUAAUAUUCCAAGCUUUGUGUUUCA